ACUGUUUUUUUUGUUUUCUUCCUCGCACGAGGCGUUACUUGUUCGACUAAAUGUCUCACUGAACCUUUGAUCUACUUAAUUUACAGAAAACGCUGCUGUAGAAACAUGUGGAGGCGCGUGGCUUCACUUUCUCCUUUGAUCUCUUCCUCAAUAUCGUCCUAUCUUAACCAGGCAGCUUAUAAAUUCAAGAUAUGGGAAUCAUUUACCACAGAUAUACCCACUCAGGCAAAAGGUGGACUGUUCUCAAAAGGAAAAGCUCCAUUCAUCACUUUUGUCUUAGGUGGCCCUGGUAGUGGAAAAGGUACUCAAUGUGCUAAGAUUGUUAACAAUUUUGGAUUCAAGCAUCUAAGUGCAGGAGAAUUAUUGAGGAGAGAAAUAGCUUCUAACAGUGAAUAUGGUGCCAUGAUUCUUAACACAAUUAAGGAAGGAAAGAUUGUCCCAUCAGAAGUAACUGUCAAAUUGAUCCAAAAGGAGAUGGAAUCAAGUGAUAGCCGUAGAUUCCUCAUUGAUGGUUUUCCACGAACUGAGGAGAAUCGCAUUGCUUUUGAGAAAAUUACUGGAGCAGAACCAGAUCUUGUUAUUUUCUUUGAUUGUCCUCAAGAAGAGAUGGUGAAAAGAGUUCUGAACCGUAACGAGGGUCGAGUUGAUGAUAACAUAGUUACAAUCAAGAAACGUCUCAUAGUGUUCGAAGCAUUAAAUCUUCCUGUUAUCAAUUACUAUUCAAAGAGGGGAAAACUUUAUACGAUCAAUGCUGUAGGUACAGUCGAUGAAAUAUUUGAACAGGUUCGCCCAGUUUUUGCUGGUAAGCAGUUGAUCGGAUGAAUUGUAAUCAUACUGAGUCAAGAGUAACAUAAAGCAUGGAAAAUUCAGGUAUUUCUUGCGAGUUAGCGGUGCCCAUUUCCCCAACAUCAUAUGAUUAAUUGCACAACUACUAUCUUAAGGAGUGGAUAUUCUCAGCAAGGAUUCUGGGAACUUGUAGAUACAAACAUCUAUCAGACUAGAGGGCAGCAAUUUCUUUUAACUCUGUUUACUGCCCUUUCCUUCAUGAGGAUACAUGUACUUAGCAUAUUCUGCCGGGACUCUCAUGCCCUGUUGUAGUUAAGCCCCAUCUAUGAUAUAUCACAGGCCAAAAAAUUCUGAGUGGUUUGAGUGGUAUCAUUCAACUGAUGACCAUGAAUAUUCAAUUAUCAUAUCACAUAUGAUGCAAUUUCUUUUUCUUUCUCA